AUGGACCGUCCUACCCCCUUCGCACACACCCGAACCGUCUCCGCAACAUUCCCCCUAACCCACAAAUCACCCUCAACCACCCCCCGACCUAAUGACGUCUCCACUCCGUUUGCAGACAAAACUAUCCCUCGCCAUGUCCAACACAAACACACCACCUCCCUAGGAGGAUCAUCAUUCAGACUAAGCCAGCCAAAAGGCCUCCAAGAAUCAUCCUCCUUCACCACAUCCACCCCAAGCUCAACCGCCCCCACCCAAAACCACGGAUCCCCCGAACCACGUCACCGACUCUCCCGCCGCGACCCAUUCCUAAGUCUCACCCACCACCACCACCAGCACCAUCCCCCCGAGAACAAACCACGACACAAACAUUCCAAAUCCCGUGAUCUCCGUCUCCGCCCUAUGAGUCUCGCCUCAGCAAGUGCGAGAGGCCUCCUCCAAUCCCGCCGCGACAAAGACCGCGACGAUUUCCUCCGACCAACGGAGACGAGGUCAUCUCGCUGGUCCGAAAGGAGGGGCAGUUUACUCGAUGUCCCCGAGCAAAAUGAGCAUUUGGGACCGAUUCGGUCCCAGAUUCAGUGUAUGGAGGAUUUGGAGAGGGUUAAGCGGAGGAGGAAGGUUGGUGAAUCGUAUUUACGUUCGGCGCUGGCGUCAACGGGGACACAAGCUACGGACGUUACGCGACGACUCGAUUACACAUACUAUAAUCUUCUAGAGAGGAUAACGGGCUUGAAUGCGACGAUAGCCUCGUUUCAGGAAUUAUCCGAGUCGGCGGCGUCAUUUCUGAAUGAUUUUGAGAGGGAGACGGCUUCUUUGGACACUGGUGUUCGAAAACAGAUUAUCGAGUUAAAGGGCUUUGAGCCGCAAAGUGAGAAGGCUGCUGCGUUGGAGGAGAGGAUGAGAGUUGGGAGGGAGAAGUUUGAGGAUCUGGGGAAACGGCUGAAGGAUGUACGGUGUGAGAUUGAGUCUUGGGAGCGGAGGGAGUUGGAGUGGCAGGAGAGGAUCAGUCGGCGAUUGAGGAUUUUCUGGGCUGUUGUUGGGUCGGCGGUUUUGGUUGUGCUUUUGGGGAUUUUCCUGAGGAAUUGGCCCGGGGGGGAGGGAGGGGGAUUCUGGAUUGGGAUUGGGAUCGGGGUUGGUGGAGGCGGAGGAGGCGCGGUGCAGUCAAUAUGA